AUGGGCCGAGAACUUAAAUCAGAGUCUCAGGAUGCGACGCCAACGCAGGCACAUACACGGACUCUUCACUGGAGCCGGGUCCUGGAUGAGAUCGCGGAGCACGGCAUCAGGAUUUACCAACUCCCCGACGCAGACUCUGAUGAGGACGAAGAGUUCAAGGAGCAAACCAGAGUCCUGAAGGCCAGCGUCCCCUUCGCGGUGAUCGGCUCUAACCAGCUCAUCGAGGUCCAGGGGAAGAAGAUCCGCGGGCGUCUGUAUCCGUGGGGCGUGGUGGAGGUGGAGAACCCAGAGCACAACGACUUCCUCAAGCUGCGCACCAUGCUCGUGACUCACAUGCAGGACCUUCAGGAGGUGACCCAGGACCUGCACUAUGAGAACUUCCGCUCAGAGAGACUGAAGAAAGCCGGAAGAUCUGCGGAUGAAGAGGUGCUGGAUAAAGACCAGAUCCUCUUACAGAAAGAGGCCGAGCUGCGGCGCAUGCAGCAGAUGAUCGCACAGAUGCAGGCGCAGAUGAACAUGAAGUCGGACGAGUAG